AUGCAUAUGGGUCAUUUUCGGGCCACCGUAUUGGGAAAUUUUGUGAAAAACAUUAACCUUGCAGCCGGAAAUAAGGUUACAGCGGUGAACUAUCUCGGUGACUGGGGUACUCAGUUCGGUUUACUGUCUCUUGGGUACCAAAACUAUGGGGAUUCUCGUCUUCUUGAAGAAGAUCCUUUAAAACAUCUUCAUUCGGUAUGUUUAGACCCAUUAAGUUACAUUCCAUUCCUUAUGAAAGUACCCUUUCUGCAGGUCUACGUGCAGGCUUGUCAGACGUUGGGCUCUACAGAGGAAGGAAGGGCAAUGGCUUCAACACUGGCCACCGAGAUGGAGAAAGGUCAGCGCCCUGAUCUUGCUGAUCUUUGGGGCCGAUUCCGAGCCCUAACACUCGAGGAACUCAAACGUCUCUACUCUAGAAUGAAUGUUUGCUUCGACCAUUAUGAAUACGAAUCGGAUUUUGUUGAAGCUGCACAAAAGCUGGUUGAAUACCUUAUUAAGCGUCGAAUUGCACGAAGGGAGGCUGACGGUUCGGUUACUGCUAGUUCUUACGAGCCAGGAAAACGCGUGGUUCUCCUAAAGAGUGAUGGGGGAACUCUCUACAUAACACGGCAUGAAUUUGAUCUGGCGGCUGCUAUCUCUCGCGCCAAACGUUACAACUUUGAUAGGAUGCACUAUGUUGUGGAAGACGGUCAACAGGAGCACUUUAUGAAUUUGGCUCACUUUCUCACUCGCCUUUGCUACGACUGGGCAAAAGCUGACGCAUCACCAUGGCCACUUCAUAUUCGCUUCGCACGAGUUGGGGGGGCCAGUUCUCGCCGCGGGGACGGUAUCUUCCUUGGCGACGUUUUGGAUGCAGCAAAACGGGAGGCUCGUCGCAGAAUGCUCCAAUCACCCAAUACGCGGAUCAUGCCGAGUGAUGGAGGGAUGUUCGAGAGUGUCGCCGAUCAUCUUGGCGUCACAUGGCUUGUGGCAGAGAUGUUACGGCGUCCGCGUCUGCAACCCGUGUACCUUAAUCUUCAUUACUUCGCCAAUCGGGCUUUUGGACAUAGCAGCGCCUACUCUGUUGCUGAGGCAUCGGACCUCACAGGUCUUGGUUUGCAGUAUUGCCAUGCUCGACUCUUUAGCUUGGAGCAAAAAGCAAUUGCAAAGGGCCUUCUAGACGAUGGUGAUGCUGACGCCAUUAAUUCACAGCUUCUCCACGCUUUUAAUAAGGUUCAUUCUGACCCUGUUUCUCGAGAGUCUCAGGAGGAGGUCUGCGGCCAUCUUGCACUUUUGCCUGACGCAUUAACACACGCCUACGUCAAAUACGAGGCCGACGGGUUGCUGCGCUACUGUACACAUCUAACUUCUAUCAUUGGUCGAGCUUGGAAAUUCCUUCCCGUUCUGACAGCGGAGUCGACAGAGCUUGGCUUGUCACGGAUGGCGAUAUUUCGUAUGGCUCGCAAUGUAUUGGGUACCUGCCUGUCUAUCCUAGGCGUGAAGCCUUUGUCCAGACUCUAGGUCUGGUCUUGGCGUGGGUAUAAGGUGGGAUGGUUGGCGUGGUGGGUGGGGGCAUCGUGGUGGCAAGCGCGGCACAACGGGCGUCUGUUGUAUGGUCACUUUAAAGGCUUCCUUCGCACGGUUGCAAAUAAUGCGCCUGCGAUGAUCUUUAUCUGCGUGCUUCAGGAGCCACCAAAACUGGGGACCAGACGAGGUGCCUCCUUCUACGAAAUGCAUGAGAUCCACAUUCCUCGCGUGGAGGUCAAUGCCCCACGUGACAAAGUCUGUCAAGUUGAACUCACCUUCGAGACUACAGGGCUUGAUCCCUUUCCACCCGGUGCCAAAUCUAAGUCAAUCUAUUACAUUCUUUUUCUCAUCCUCGUGAGUGCGCAAGGUGACAUUCAUGGAUUCAUUCGUUUGAUCCGCUUUUUAGGUUGCAGUCACGUAUUUGGCCAAAGUGAUGAAGUAAUAGAAGCCUGUUACAGGAGAAUAAAUGGAAGAGUACACCUUCCUGAGCUAUAUACUAACAACUCUGGCAUAUUUAUUCUCGGGACUCCGAACUUGCAUCUCAUAAGUCAUUUGUGCAUACUUUUCAAAUCUUCGCCAAUUCAGACUGCGACAGGCGAAGAACUACUCCAGCUUCCAUAUCUCCAGGAGAGUCUUCUUAGCGAGACAAGGCUACUUUGCGCAAAACAUCAGUGUGAAGUCAAAAUUGUACGCAGCGCCCUCCGUGGGGACACUCACUCCACUGUAUUAGCUGAGAAUGGGAGCAUCUUAGCUACAGACAGGAACUAUGAAAGCAACGAAGAAGUAGAACCCUGGCGAGUAUCGAUGGAGGACACAGUGGAACAUCCGUUCUUGCAUAUGCUUCAAUGGAUGCCUACGUUGCGAUUCGAAUUCACGCACCCAUCCAUGAGUUGUCGCAGACUGGAAAACCUCUUCAACGUUGUGAGCUCCAGAGAUGGUGAGAAAAAUCUUCCCUACCCACGCAUGUGGAGGCGAAAUACAGACCUCUUUUACCUUUCCUCUCUCCUCUCAACGUCAUUUUGGAGGUUUGUUGACAAGUUUUCCUUCGCAUGGCAUAGGGUUCACAUUUCCAAGUGGGCACGCAUUUUGCGAUCAAAGCACCACACUAUCAACAUAAUCAUACGGUCUGUCCUAUUGUCUCAUUGCGUAACUUUCCUGUCUCAUUGUAGAAAACAGGACAGACCUCACCAAGUCUACUAUGCCCCCGUGUUUUGCGUUAAGAGUACCCCAGAAGCAUCUCGAGUUCAAGGUCGCCUACCUCUAGGAACAUUCAUCUACCCGUUCCAAGGAUUGACAGUCAUGUGGUCGGUGCAUUGGAGGAAGACAGUCAUGCAGAUGGAAGCUGCUCCCCAACUCCGUAUCCGUAGCAUUCAAGUGAUCAUCAACUCAGCAAAAUCGUCUUCUGUGUGCAUGCUAUUUGACUGUGGCGAUACCAAUUGCACGUUGUCCAUUAAUGUUGAACUGAAUACAGUGUUGACCCACUCCGUCUACAUUUUGCCGAAACAAGUAUUUCUCAACGAAACGUCAUCUUCAUUCGCUCUCAUUCUUGACGGACCCGAAUUCUCUCUCAACACUGGCACUUCCGACCGUCGGGUUCAACUGUUCCGGGAUGGUCACCUUCUGAUUUUGGGCACUUACCCCCUUCCGCAACUGCAGCCUUCGGCUACAAACUUCUUUCAGGCAACUGAGUUUUUGGUCCUUGCAGGUGCAUUCGCCCAGCCGCGAAGCAGAAUGUUCGAAUUAAUUGUCAGAGGCAUGGUUUCAACUUUUAACGACCAUUACGAUUUUCACCGUUUUGGAGACUGGAAGUUCUUUUAUGCUGCCGAUUUCCGCCUCUGUCAAACGGUUUGCGCAGAGGCCAACAAAGUUGCCCCACACGUGGGCAGCAAUCCCAGCCAAUUUGUUUGUAUUAUCGAGAACGAACCUGUGCCCUGCGAUCCCAGGUUGUCCAUCCCGAAGACACUGAAUGCAAAUAUUCAGUUGACCAAUGGACCAGGCAAAGAGGUGAUCCUCUCAUCGCGCUGUCCCUAUUCCACGUUCAUUCUUCUCUAUGCUCAAAUCUGGAACAUUUACGACUCCGAAAGUAAGUCCCUGCUUCAGGAUGAUUGGGCGAAUUCUUUACCCAUACAAUCAUGUUAUAAGAGAGAUACAGCUGAUACAAUUCUAACCUCAGACGAUGUUGUUAACCAGCACGUUUCUUCAAAAAGACCUACUUUUAAAAAUGAUCAUUUCGUUUUCCCAGAAAAGUGGUUCAACAGAGUAAAUUUGCAGAACUAUGGUGACUUGCUUUGCCAGGAGGACUCAUUAUUGUUUCUGAUGAGUCCAACCUGUCGGGUGAAGAUUGAUGAACAGAACACAGGAGUGGAUCUCGUUCAGUUGCAUGUCUAUCCAGUAUUCCAAGGUUGCCGAGAGUUCAAAUUAGAAUCCCCCGAUGUCAAAGUGGCUCCAUUUGCUGCAGCGGCUUCACAUUCUCGUGCCUGUUCUCCAGGUUACUUUAUGAGCAAAAUCCCUCCACAUAAGUGUGAGCCCUGUCCCAAGGACACAUUCUCGGAUCCAGAUACAGCCUCAGACGAAUGUCUACCGUGUCCGGAUGUACGUAACACUACUGGGCUUUUGCCUGCUCGAUCCUCCAUUCAUUGCACAAACCAUCUGCUUGACCAAGAACGCGAACGCCUAGCUUACAAAGCGAUUGACUUGGUACCUGAAGCGGUACCUAGAUCCACAAAAAUCGGCAAAAUUUUAGAUCAUGAGGGUGAAUAUGCUCCUAUCAGUGAAAAGGAGGUGCUACGACAUUUGGCACCUGAUCCUCUCCUAUUAAUUCAACAAGAGACAGCCGAGGGACUUUUCAAGGAAAUAACACAGUUGACUUUCUCCAUUGAGGAACUCUUCACGAUGAUUUUGAUAGCUUUAGCUCUAGCACUGAUGGUUGCAAUAACCACCUUCAUAAUUGGUACUGCCAGUCGAAGAACGGCGUAUGCAUCUCGAAGACAAACAAUCAUCAGGAGAUUGCUGAACUGGAUGUACCGGCAUUUGAGAGUUCUCCACCACAAUGUUGGUCCUCUAGCCUAG